UUCAAUUCAUAAUUUCAUUCUUCUAUUCAUCAUUUGAUCGUUAAUUUCCUCAUUCAAAUCAAUUAUUUAAUUAAUUUAAACAUUAGUUUGAGACUAUGUUUGAGGCAAUGUGCGGUGAAUGUGUCAAUAUUACAUGACGUCAUGAGGCAUACGCGGUGAGUGUGUCAAUAUUACAUAAACAUACAUUUCAUAAGUUCAUCACUUCAUUCGAGCAUUUCAUCACUUCAUUCGAGCAUUUCAUCACGUGAUCACACAAAUAUAGUCUGGAUCUCACCGAUUCUUCUCUCACGAUUGCGUAUGAAGACGUGUAAAAAUAUUAAGACGGCGCCAGACUACGCUCGCGCACGGCCUGUGUUUUGGCUGCCAUUACAGUUAUCGUCAGUCCAAACAGUAGCUGUCUGCUAAUAACUACUAAAACUAGGCGAUUAUAGUCACUUGACUUGUACAUUCCCGAGCUCAUAUGAAUACAGUAUUACAGGAUAUUGCUGAGAGUGUGCAGAGGUUAUCGAGAGAUGUAGCGGUAACACCACGCGAUCGUUUGGAUGGCGUGUUGCUUCGUCUUCAGCGCCUUCAACAUAUCCUGCGGCAAGUUUCUGCACUAACAGAUGACGUGAUCGUGUUGCAGCAGUGUAAUGCUGCUGCAAUCGUUAUGCAGCAAGCUGAACCCCUCACCGUGGAAGAAGAGCACAGCACCGGAUCCAUCGUUGAAUCAUAUCAAAGAUGUGGAACAGUUGGCCGUCCGGCAUUUGAAAUAAGCCGAGAGCAGUUAGAGUUUUUACUUGGAUACGACUUUACAGUCACAGACAUCGCAAGAAUUCUAGGCAAUUGCAUGUUUUCAUUCAGAAAAAAAUUACGCAUAAACACAAUGUUUUAAGCAGAGUUAUGGAUAUUAUCUCUCGCAUUUUAUUAAGUAAAUGCUCCUUUUAGUAUUAAUACGAUAUUUUGAGGCAUGCUGUUCUUAGCAUGAUAUGUCUGUCUAUUAGUGACAUACAUUGAAAGUAUUAAAGAGGAAGAGGGUCACAAUGACACGUUGUUUAUGUAUUAAUAAUUACCAUGUGCAUGCAUGUACUUUUUCAGGAGUGAGCCGAUCAACAUUGAACCGCAA